AUGUGCAAAUUUGUAGAUGAGAAGGAUGAGAGAGAGGAAGCGUGCAAAGCUGACUCAAUUCAUUGUCCACUCAACAGCCAGUGUGGUCAGCCUAAAAUUCAGAUGGCUCUUGAUGAGAAAGCCUCGAUUCCUGAACUUGAUAAUAUGCUGAAGCUCUCUGGAGGAGGGGGGAUUCCCCUGGCAAUCUGGGAGGGGGCUCUUCUGCUGCUCAGCUGCUGGGCCAUGGCAGCCAACCAUCAGGUUUUUGGUGACCAAAAGAAAGCAGCCAGCACCCAGCCAGGUCUCACUCCUGCCUCCCUCUCCCAUUCCCCUGCUGCCCUGCUCUCUGACCAGCUUGCCCGCUAUACCAAGGAAGGCUUCCUGCACCUGGGCGCCCUGGGGACCACCACACUCCUCCCUGACACGCGCUGCCUGGUGGACAACUCCAAGAGCCGGCUGCCGCAGCUCCUGGACUGCGACAAGGUCAAGAGCAGCCUGUACAAGCGCUGGAACUUCAUCCAGAAUGGAGCCAUCAUGAACAAGGGCACGGGGCGCUGCCUGGAGGUGGAGAACCGGGGCCUGGCUGGCAUUGACCUCAUCCUUCGCAGCUGCACGGGUCAGAGGUGGACCAUUAAGAACUCCAUCAAGUAGAGAGAGAGAGCUGGAGCACUGGAGCCUGGCCCCCAGGAC